AGAGUGAUUAGUUGAUUAUUUGGAUGAGUAAUAAAUGAUUAAUUUGUUGUUCUGUUUCUUCAACAACCUUAAGGUGAUGAUCAUCGUCUCCUUUUGAUUGAUUGUGCUAAUUGUCUUGGUGAUUUAGCUCUAAUUAAGUGAAUCUUACCUUUUUUUAACUCUCUCUCUCUCUCUCUUUCUUUUCGUCCUUUGGACAUUUAGAUGGACCUUCGAUAGUAAAGAGAAAGAUUUAAUUUCGUCUAACUCAACUUUCAAUUUGACUUUUACCUUAAAUGAUAUUUACCUUUUCCAAUUUGUUUUCAUCUCUCAUUUGAUUGAUUAGCUAUUAUAACGAUCAAUUAAUCAUCAUAGUUAAUCAUCAUUCAAUUGAGGAUACAUUCAUUCAAUUGUAAACUAACAUCCUCAUCGCUGCUUAAUUUUGCUUGACCAUUAGAAUCAGUAUUUUGUAUGAAACAAAAAAAAAUAAUUCAUUGUCCAAGAAAUUAGUCCAUGAUGAUUACACAAUUUAACUUGUUGAUUAAAGUUUUCUGUCUACUUUACCUGUUACCUGUUGGUCAGAGUAAAAUAAUUGACCAAGUGUAUGAACGAUGUAAUCGUCCAGUUUCAAGUCGACUUGAUCUUGAGUGUAUCGGCUUUCCCAAAACAUCAUCGGACUGUUUAUCCCGCCGUGCGUGUGAUAUGAUCACCAUGUUAACUGUUAUUCCCUCCGCCGAUGGGAAUCAUUUUCAUGAUAAAUUCAACGUCACCCUGGUCGGUACUCACCUGAGAGAUGCUUCCAAACACGAAAUGUCACUAAUUUUGGAUGCGGCAUUUAAACCAACUUACCAUCCAGGCGAAGGUACUUAUUACAAUUGUAGUUGGUCCCAACGAGAUCCAACAAUUGAAGUGAUGGUCAAAAAUCCAGGUCAAAUUGUAGAAAGUCUUGGAACGGGAAUAAUUGACGAUGAUCUACUUAUCUGUACCUGGACAUUAGAUCGUCGAUCAGAUUCAUGGCCAACCGAUCAUGAGGGACGUAAAAUUGACCUGGUCACUCGUAAAAUUGAGCUAAUACUUUACAAAGAUUUUUCCAGAUCAUCUUUAAUUGAUACUCGUCUUCCCAUCUACAAGUCCCGUUAUCUUUAUAAAGAUUGUAAUUCACCCGAUAUAAAGUAUUGCCUUGGGUCACCUUAUUGUGUUGACCCUUACAAUGAAUGUCAUGAGUUAUUGACCAUCGUUCAAACACCCAAGAAAAUUGGUCAAUCAAAUUCACUUGAUUUUAAUUUAUUCUCAUUUGAUUAUGUUACCAACAAUUCCUAUUACGAUGUUACCCUUUACACCUCGGAUACUUCACCGAGUUUCCAAAUUAUCUGUGGUAAAUACUCAGUUGAAGCUUAUUUCAUCUUCCCUAAUGGAAGUCAGGAAUCGGUUUCCACCCUCACCUCAACUUAUACCCACAUUGAUCCCGAUUUUGAUGGACUCCGAUGUAACUGGACACUACCGGCCACUUUUACCCUGAACGGAAUAACUUUUGACACCCAACGAAACAAAUAUCUGGUUAAACUAAGACAUUCACCCAAUGUUUAUGUUGAUAAAGUUCCGGUGGCACUUCCUGGUUUCCAUAUUGACGAUUCUUUGUACACCGCUUGUUCAAGCGGUUCCCUUGGUCGACAAUGUUUCGGCCUUGAUAUCGAUGAUACGGUGAGAGACUGUCUACCCACACGGAAUUGUGAUGCUUUCGUCGUGUUCACGGUGGACGAUGAUUCAACUUGGUCAUCAUCUUUUAUCGAACCCAAAAUAACGCUUGACCUUUACGCUACCAAGAAAUUGGUCAGUCCACCUUCAUCGUCCGAACCAUCAAGAUUAACUACCCUUGGAUUAACCCAAGGGAUUAACAUGAGUCUUUCUAUUUCAUUUGAUUCAAAUAACGUUGACCUGGACGGGAAAACGGUCUACAAGUGUUCAUUCAAUAACGAUGGACGGAAAUCAUCAUCGAUCGAUGUUCCGUUCAAGACCAAAGCGAUCAGAAAUGGCCUCGUCUCAAGUGAACACGAUUGGAUUCGCUGUCAGUGGAUUUGGUGGCCUAACGGUACUAAUUGGCCGAUAAACAAUAAAAGUGAUGUAAUUGACCUUGUUAAUCGACGGCCAUCGAUAGGAUUUUCAAUCGGCGGGGUGAGGAAAGUUGUACCUGAGAAAAGUGUCACUUUGCCGAUCUACAAGUUGCGAUAUUUGUACCAAGAGUGCGACAAUAAACACGGAGGCCAGGAAAAUGUUUGUCUCGAAAGUGACCCUGGUUGUUUGGUGAACGCUGAUUGUGCCACAUUGAUCCAUAUGCGAGAGCACUCAGGUCGGGAAGGAAUCGACGUUCAAGUAUUUUUAACGCAAGAUUUUGACAAACUAGAAUUAGUUUACAUUGAUCCAGAAGAAAACUCGAUUAAAAUUGAUUGUUACAAUGAACGAUCACCGCCGGUUGAAGGAUCAAUGAUUACAAGUUAUUACAAAUUGGCUAAAUCAGAUUCUUACCAAUCAAUUAAUUCCGGUGAUCAGUUGAUCAAAUACAAUGAGGCUCGUUCAUUUACCAUGGGAUUUUCAAGAUGCUUCUGGUUACAGGAGAAACAAUUUCAACUCGGACGAAUGACAAUUAACUCGGAGGUUAAUCGUUACAAUGUCCGACUUUCGGUAAUCAAUGAUGAAGGUUUAAUUGCUCGUUAUUCUUGGGAUAAAGUUGCUUUUGUUGGUUUUCGUGGUAAAGAUAAACAAUCAGUACCUUCAUCGUCACCAUCAAUUAAAACAAAUUGCUGGUUAACUACUCUAGUCUUUGUUAGCCUUAGUUACUAUUAUUAUCAUCACAAUUUUGUAUCUCACAACAAUUAAAACUAAUUUUUUUUCUUCUUCCUCUCUUUCUAAUAGUAAACAAUAAAAAUUAACACACUUUCAUACAAAAUCAAUUACAUCUAGAGCUUUAAACAAUCAACAGAACAUUUUGUUUUCAUACUUUGUCUUUGUACUAAUAAAAAACAAAAAUCAUCAAUUGAUUUAAAA